GAACAGAACAAGCUAAAGCUACAAGAAUAGUAGUAUCAGCAACUCUCCAAAAACUUCAAGGCAAAAAUGUCUUACAUGGUCAGACACAGCAAACUCAACGACUCCACCAGCUUGGAUCAUCUAUGCUCUGAGAAUUCCUUCUGCCACGAGUUCUAUGACGCCAUAGAGCAGGCUCAUUAUCCCAACGAAGCACUCGUGGUGAGGAGGAACAGCGCCGACAGCGUGGAGACUAGCAGCACCUCAAGCACCAGCAGCAACUGCUUUGUGCAGUCCACACUCAUUCUAUUACCAGUCAAAGACCAAAAGUCAUCACUAUGGAAGAGAACCAAAGCUGCAUUUGGUUACACUCCACCCAAAUAUCAGAUCCUAUUUCUCCAAGAGCAAGAAGACAAGCCCACCAUUUCAUACACCCUCUAUGGUGGGGACGAUGCAUCUGAAGCAAUGAUUGCAUUUGACCAGCUCAAUGCAACGAUUGCUCCGUUGAUGAGAGAUGGUUCAGUGUUGCUCAAUGAGGCAAUCUUACGUGAGAUUGUAUUGCCAAAGCCUCUACAACCUGCAGACAUCUCCUUUCGUCUUGUCGAAGUCAUGGAAGCUGAUCCAAGGGCUCACCCAGAAUGGCAUAAACUCCUUCAGGUCUUGCUCCACAAUGCAUGCUCCAGGCAAAACAAGAACGAGAUAAAGCUCCUCUUGAAUAAAGGAGGGAACUUAGACCAGGAGGACAACGAUGGAAAUACACCGAUACACACGGCUGCCUUCUCCUCCUCGAAAGAAGGAAUGGAUUGGCUCCUCUCUAUAGCAGCUCCAUCAAUCCCAGUCGGUCACAUUAUAGAACGACGCAACUCUGAGGGACUCUCCCCAAUCGAUAUAGCCAAGGGCUCGCACAACAAUGGAGCAAUCCGUGCACUGAUGAUGAAGCAGGCCGUGCCACAAGCAACAAAACUCGAUCUCUUUGAUGAAGUGACUGAACUCCACGAGGCAGUCGACGACGACAACAGCAACCAGAUAUGGCAGUACUGCAGCAAGGUUGGUCUCACUUCGGUUCAUGUCCGCGGGCGAAGAAAAGCUGUGAGCAUGAAAAGGGCUCCUCUCCUCAAAAAGCAACAAACCGUUGAUGUACCAAUGUCAAGUGGCUCCACUCCCCUCAUAGUGGCAAUAGAAAAGCAAUACAUCAAGAGCACUUUACUCCUACUGCUAGGAGGAGCAGACCCAGACCAGCAUCACCCAGGCACUGGUAACACACCACUCCACUUUGCCAUCACCGAAGGGAAUCUGGUAAUCGUAAAGAUGCUGCUUGUUUUUGGAGCCGAUCCCACGCUAUGCAACGAAGAUGGAAUCACUCCACUACAGCUAUCAAAAGACCUUGAUAAAGAUGGGAGCAAGGUUAAGAUCACGCAAGUUCUUGAAGAAAUGGCAAUGCUGCAGGAGAAGACUUGGAAUUAUUUCAUUAGCAAUCACGAAGUCCCAGAAACAAGGAAAGAAAAGGAGACAUAUCUCCUUGCUAUGGACGGAGGAGGGAUAAGAUCCUUUAACAUAUGCCAAGCUUUCCUUGCAAUAGAGGACAGGAUGAAACAGCUCGACCCUCACUGCCCCUCUUUCUUCUCCUAUUUCGAUUAUGUGGCUGGAACAAGUGCUGGAGCCAUCGUUGCACUGAUCUCCACAUACACAGACGCACAGACCUCAGUCAGUCGUGCGCUCACCUACAAGAUAGUCACCGACGUGUUUUCAAAACCAAAGUCCGAGAGAGGGAAGCUAAUGGACAAGUACCUCCAAGAGAUGCUCGGAGAGGACACGAGAAUGAGCCACCCUAUCGACCAGAGGCUCAUAAUAACAACGACCCUAGCUAACGUGAGCCCCAGCAAACUCCAUCUCAUGACCAACUACGGCGACGAAAGAGACGGACAAGCUGGACCCUCGGAGAGAAAAGUCUGGGAAGCUGCCAAAGCUACGAGUGCAGCUCCGUACUUCUUCCCGACAUUCCAAGGUAAAUUUCUUGAUGGGGGUCUAAUGGCGAACAACCCAACACUGGAUGCAAUGGUCGAGAUACAGGACCAGGCGGAGAAGGAAGGGAAGGAUGUUAAAAUGGGCCUUGUUCUCUCUCUAGGUACUGGAUAUGCACCUUCAAAAUCAGUCGACAAUAUUGAGGUCUUCAUGCCUGGAUUGAGCUUCAAGACCAUUUCCUCAAUGAAAGAGACACUCUCAGGAAUACAAAGCCUCCUCGACCUGUUCAUAACUCAAGUCACACAAUCCGAUGGACAGGAGGUCCAAAGAGCAAAGACCUGGUGCAAGUCUCUCAAGACUCCAUAUUUCCGACUUUCUCCUCCACUAACGGAAGAGAUUGAUCCGCUUAGUUUCGACGAUGAGGCCAUUGUUAACAUGCUCUAUGAGGACAAGAAGUACCUGCUCAAUCAGCCUCAAGUCAUUGACUCUAUAGCAAAAUGUCUCCUUAGUAAAAACAUGGACUAGCAGUAGUAGUAGUAGCUAAUGCAUUCACACACUCAUCUCUCUCUACAUGCUACAACAAUGAUCAUUGUAAAUCACGUCAUGUAUAUUUUUAUUCAUAUUUUUAAUAAUUGUUAUUUUUGCAAUUAAAGUCAUUAUAUAGUUACAGUUCUCCUA